CCUUUUACCAUGCAUCAGUUCUGUGUUUUGAUUUCCCUUUUUUUUUUAUCUCGUUCUGGUUUCUCGAUCUUGUUUGCUGAUCGACUGACACACACUUGUUUAUUUUUUUUUACCAUAUUUGGUUUUGUCUUGUCUCUUGAUUUAAUAAACAUCAAUUCAAUUUAAAUAAUUUUUUCCAUCAAUUUUUAUUUGUAUAGCGCUUUUAACAAUGGACUAUGUCUCGAAGCAGCUUUACACAGAUAAUGUGAUUAUGGACCUUCAAAGAAGUAGAUGUACGCAAACAUCCCAAACCAUCUAGAGACGUACCAGCGCCAUUCGGAUUCAUCUUCAUGUAGAGUUUAGACAUUGGACCUCUUUGAAUGUUUAAUGGCAUGGAGGAGUUUGUGUUGGUCUAAAAGUUCUGUAAAGCUGCUUUGAGACAAUUGUAAAAAGUGCUAUAGAAAUAAACUUAAACUAGUAGAUGUAUCCUAUAAUAUAGCGCCGGAGACUGGCUUUUUUUUUUCGCUUUCAAAUGUGUUCACAUCCUCAUCCACUAGAGAGCACUCAGGCUCGAUCAGGCUCAUCCGUUAUCAGUGAUCUGUUUAAUCAAGGAUUUACAAAAACUACAUUGAAAGCAGACAUGCUGGCUGUGCUCCUCAUCAUGGGGGGAUUAGUGUCCCUGAUCCAUGCACAAGAUUUUCCACUGAGCGUGUUGUCGGGCGAAAACGCAGUCAUCACCGGACGAUUCUUCGACUCUUUGCUGCUAAGUUUGCCACCAUGCACCUACGCUGGAAAGAACGUGGACCUAGAGUACCAGGAUUACAACAACAAUAAAAGCUACAUCUUGACCAACAUUUUCAUGGUUUCAAGCUGUGUCUACAUCGGCGACAUGCAAGGAUCAACCGCAGUCAGCAGAAACAUCGGCUACCAGCUGAUGAACCUCACUAAUGGCACACAAUACAAGAUUAACUAUAAGAUUGGAGUGAACAAAAGCACAUCUGUAAUAGUGUAUACAAGAACAGCAGCAGUCAACUACAGAGACGUCGAUUUGGGCUUCACGGGACGCAGUGCAGCGAUGGUGGUGAUCACAUCCAUUCUGUCUGUGGCGAUGUUUGUCCUGCUAAUCGGUAUCAUCAUCGUCUUGCUGUCCCCUAGCGAAGAGUAGAACAUCACGUUCAGAAAUCAGCUCAAUUACAUUAUAUUACACUAUACCUUUCACAAAUAUCAACUGUGGUGAAUAGGUUCAUUUUUUUUUUUUUUUUAAAUCGAGACUUGAGCUAGUUUUUAAGUUAGGAAUUCCUUAAAAUAAGCCUUAUUAAAAAUGGUGUUUUUUUCUUGUUCAUUUUUCCUUAAUCAUUUUAAUACAAACUAUUCUUUCUAAAUAAUGGUUAUUAAUUAGUUAAGUAAUGUUGAACUGUAAACCGAUUGAAUAAUAAAUAUUAAAAUGUG